UCUAUAUGGUUGCUGUGUUUCAUCAGCUGCAUUGCCUAAGCCAAGCGCGUGCAAUUAUCAUGCAUCUCUUCCAGGACCCAGCCUACACCGUCCGCGAGACAACCUCCCAUCACACAAUGCACUGCGUGGACAUUGUCCGGCAGGCGCUGAUCUGUGCCGCCGACUCGACUCUGAUCUGGAGGGAAUACGAUAUCAAAUGGCCAGGCGCGGGAGAAACCAGGGUGUGUCGGAACUUCGACACUUUGACACAGUGGGUGAGUGAGCACAAGUAUGUGUCUCAGUCGUUUGACCCCGCUCUAUUGCCCCACACCGAUUACUGAGGGUCUGAGCCUCUGAGGACCCGAGGAACUUCGUGAUCUGCCACCAUCAACAGUAACUACUCCGUAGUCUGCGGUGACG